AUGGCCUAUAAUACCCCUCGCUUUAAACGUGCCGCCGAAGACUACGUCCGCACAACCCACUCCGACGAAGGCUUCUAUGGCCAAUCUACCAAAAAACCGCGCUUCGAUGUUCGCAAUCCCUCCGCCCUCGCCCCUGAUACACUGGAAGAGGAUGCUAUCCUAGAAGCAGACGUCAUUGGUACACGUGGGCAGCAGGUGAAACGUGGUGCAGUAAACAUCGACGGCUAUGAGUCGGACUCGGAUAAUGACAACUUCGAAUCCCGCUCCGAUCGAAAGGCCAAAGCGAACGCAAGAGCAGAGAAAUCCAGGGUGGAAGAUGAAAAUGACAUGUUCGCUGAUCUAGAGGAGGAUUUCAAACACGAUUCAGACGGCGAUGCCGGGCGAAGAGGUGGCAAGAAAAAGGCCGUACGGUUCAUUGACGAGGAUGAGAUAGAAGGACAAAUCCAGAGCUCAAAAAGUGGCGGACAUGUCUCUGCCGACUUCUCACUCGAUGGGCUGGGAAAGGGCAAGGCAAAAGAAGAGGACGACGAGGUCGAGAGUAGCAGUGAAAGCGAAGUGGACGACGAAACACGAGCAAGUACCGGCGGACUCGAUCCCGAACUUGGAGCUGGAAGCAAGAAGUUACAUGCUCCUAAGUUGGAUGCUUUCAAUAUGCGCACGGAGCAAGAGGAGGGCCGCUUUGAUGAUCAGGGAAAUUAUGUUCGCAAGGCGGCCGAUCCUGACGCAAUACAUGAUAUCUGGCUUGAAGGGAUGUCCAAGAAGGAAAUGAAGAGAGCAAGAGAGGCUGCCGACAAACGCGAAGAAGAGCGGAGAAAGCGCGACUUAGAGGAAGACGCGAAAUCAACGGGCGACGUCCUAGCUGAGUUGAUCCCCCUCCUUGAACGUGGGGAGACCGUCCUGGAAGCCCUUGCUCGUCUUGCAAAAGGCAAGGAUAAGAAGCCCAAAUGGCAACCAAGGAGUCAGUAUAAGAAACAAAAUGGCGAGCCAGAAGGGCACCCUACAGCCGAUGAGACAGCAGAGAAGGCUCGAAAGGCAAAGGUCGAAAAGAUCAGCGGUGCAGCGGCCAUCUUGUUGGGCAGAGGCCAAGCAGAGGUUUACGACACAGAAAGAGAAUUGCUCAUUCGACAAUAUCGAAGAGAAACUGGUAACGAUUGGAACGACCCUCCACAGCCCGAGGCCUUCAACGCUCAUGCUCAUGCUGAUGAUUCCAUGGUACAACUGUGGGAGUAUAGGUGGACUGAUGCUAGGGACGGCGGAGUAAUAAACGGCCCGUUCGACGGCCAUACGAUGAAGCAAUGGAAUGAUGCUGGUUACUUCGGUGAAGGUGUUGAGUUCCGUAAAAAAAACGGCGGCGGCGGCGAUUGGACCAGAGUGGCCGACUUCGCCUGA